ACUUUGAGAAGAAUAAAUGAGGCAUGUGUUGAUGAAAGCAGCAGGCCAUUCAAAAACAUUCGGUUUGCUUUCAUAUUUUUUUUAUUCAUGUGGACAUUUUAAAGACUCUUUUUCAUGUAUCUCUCUUUAUUUUUGUUUCAUUGUAGACAACAGAGUCAAACAUACUUAUAUACUGGAUGACCCAUUUGAUGAUCCUCCUCAGUUAGCUGAACUAAUUCCUCAGGCCUCCCCUGAAGGGAAGCCUCCUGAUGAGAUUGAUGAUGUACGUCUAGAGGAUGACUGGGUGCCUUUAGAUGAGACAAUGGACCCUGCACAGCUCGAGGAAUCUAUGCGUGAAAAGGAAGCUCAUUCUCAUGCAGUUGUCCUUGAAAUGAUAGGAGAUAUUCCUGAUGCUGAAAUAAAGCCCCCAGAAAAUGUGUUGUUUGUCUGCAAACUUAACACUGUUACACAAGUGAGCACAAAAUUAGUUCACUCCAAGUUCUGUGCAUCUGAUGUUCAGCAAGUUUGUGUUGCAUUUAGUGAAAAUCGAAAUUGUUGAUACAAUAUCA